CCGUGUGCUUGAACGUUUAUAUGCAUUGCUUAGCAACCGGUCGUCGCAAUGAAUUUGCAAUCAAUGAGUUGUUGUUUAUAAUUUUAUACAAAUGAAAAAUUAUUAACAUGGACAAAUCGGAGCGUAUUAAAAAGUUACCAAUCAAAUUCAACGAUUAUGUAAAUGAAAAUGGGAUUUUAUUAUCUGUUCAUCACAGAUUGGACAAUCAUGGUUUAAAUCCAGUUCAAUUGAAAUUGGCCGAAUUCAGUACAAAUACAAAUAUUUUGGUUUCAAUUAGCAACCGCAAAGAUAUUUAUGUUUUCGAUCUGGCCAAUAAACAGUACUGGUGUCUUGGUGAAGUUGCACCUAAAAUUUCAACGUGUUUUUGCUUCGAUCCUUGCAAUCAAACGUCUAUUUUAAUUGGCACAAAAUAUGGUUUCAUUCUUGCUGUCGAUUUGACUAUAGGUAAAGUGCAGCAAAAAUUGAAGUCAUUUAAUAAAGAUAGUCGUAUAUUGGGACUUACUGCAAUUCAACCAUCGAACACUGAAACGAUAUCGGUAUCGAGCCAAUAUUUUAUAUGCCACUCAUCUGUCGAAGCCGUACUUUGUCGCCGCGAUGCUGCCGCGUUAUCAGUGGAAUAUAGUUUGUUUAAAAGUGACAAUAAGGAAACGAUUUGGCCAAUAAUUAUUAGAAAAAUUGUCGUUCACACGUCAAAUGAUUCAAAAUUGACUAUCGCAAUAUUGUUGAAUGAUGAUUCUUUGUGUAUUUUUCAACACGAUUCUCUUGAGAUUGCAAAUUUAGAAAAGAUGCAAAUGACUAAACGGAUUCAUCUACGUGAUCAACAAGCUCUACAUUUAGCACAUGCAAGAGAUCAACAGAGUUCAGAGCCAAAUAACAAUGAUCAGAAUUCGAUGUACAUUUCGGAUGUGAAUUUUCAUCAAAACGGAAUGGAAUUAUGGAUAAUAUGCCGAAACUCAAACAUUAUUGUAAUGGAUGCUCAACAAUGGAUUAUUCAAAAAAUUGUUUCGCCCGAAAGAUCGUUCUACAUGAAAUCAUUUGUAUCGAUAAAUUUCGAACACGAAGCGAUUUGUAAGCCAUUGCAUAGUCUUUGGCUUGGUGUGUCAAGUAAUUGUACACUGGCCUUUCUGAGCAUGCAUUCAACGGAUAAAACAAUCAAUGUAAAAUCGUAUCUUCCACGCAACUGUUUGGCUAUUAAGCGUUUGUCGUUAUCAUUUGACAAUGAAUUGGUGGCACUAAUCUUGGCUGAUGGAUCAUUCAAAGUGUAUUCAGUGCGAUUUCUGCUAUAUCAAGCAUUCAAUCGGCUGAUUCAAUCAAAGUGCAUACCAAUGGCACAUCAAUGUGUGCAAUUGAAUCAACAGUUGAAUGCAUUCGAUGGAAAGGUAAAAAAUAUUAUAUCACAUGAACGUUUGCUAACUAUUCUAUCCGAAUAUGAUGAAUAUCCGAGUAAAUAUCGUUCCAUCAUUUGGAGGCAAUUGUUAAAAUUACCGAACAAUACGCUGGCCUAUUGUAAAUUAAUAGAACGAGGUGAACAUUUUCCAUCGCGUAUUUACAAUCGAUCGUUUCGUUUGAUUGAUUCGGUAUUGCAUAAAAAACUAAAACGGAUCAUUACAUAUUUGUGCAAUUGGAGUAAAAUUCUAGCCAUUUCAUUUGAUGCGGAAGAUCAUUUUUUGCCAUAUUUUGCAUUUCCAUUUGUGAAAUUUUUUUCCACCAAUAUGCUAAUGUGUUUUGAAGUGCUGGCAACAAUUUUAUUGAAUCAAUGUAGUUUAUGGUUUGAAUUUAGUCCAUUGUUACCGCAAAACUAUUUGGGACUGAUUGAAAAUCUAAUCAAUCACUUUGAACCAUCGUUAAUUCGUCACUAUCGUUCGCAUUCAAUAACAAGUAAAACAUUUGCAUGGAAACUAUUGCGAACAGCAUUCAGCGAUAUUUUGGUUGAAUUUCAAUGGUUUAAACUAUGGGAUCAUAUUUUAUCGAUGCCAUCAUAUUUUUUAGUUUUUGUUGUUGUUGCAUUCAAUUGUAUUCAGCGGCCCGUUCUGGAACGUUUGAAAAAUGCAAAAGAGAUUAGCAUUUAUUUCGAUGAGCCGUGCUCAAUUGAUAUGAAACGAUGGCUUCAAAAAGCCCAUACACAAAUGCGCAAUUGUCCAAUCGCUUUGCAUCCAAAGCAAUUUAUUGAGGAUUUCGUGUGUCUUUCGAUUUCGGAACAACAAUAUCGUAAAAUAUUAAAUUAUCCGCACACCAAUUUCAAUGAGCAAUUGACACAGAAUGAACACAAACAACAAUUGCAAUUUAUUAAUCAAAAAUAUACGGAACUGGAGAAAUUUGAAAGAGAUCUUGUACAACAAAUGGUAAAUAGUCUUCAAAUGGUCGAACAUCAACAACGUAUGCAAAAGGUUGAACUCACCAAUGAGGUGGCAUCGAUACAUCAUUUACGAAAAAUUGAACACGAAAAACAACAUCUCAUUCUUACCGAAAGACAACUGCACGGCCAAGAGGCAAUGAUUAACAUUUUAAUGAAAGAAAACCAUGAACGACAUUUGAAAGCACGUGAAAUGGUCUUGCAGAAAACAUUGUGCGACACAAUCAAAUGGAAAUUAUGCGAUGAAACCGAACUUUUGCGGAAUGAAAGUAGUCUUAGGAAAGAGGAAAUUGACCAGUUUAUGAAAAAAUAUAAUUUAGCAAAAUAUGACGAGCAACAAUGAAUAUUGACAAUUCCAUUUUGUAGCACACAUCUUCAACAAAG